AUACGCAACUAUUAUAAUCGGCUAUAAUAUAUGAUAUUUUAGUAGUAUAUUUUAGUAAAUCAUAAAUUAAUAUAAUUAAAUGAAAACAAUUUCAUGUAAGCUCAGUUUUUCUUGAUCAUAAUAUGUAUUUGUAUAAGUUGUAUUCGCAUAUAAAUAAUUUAGUCGAUGUCGAAUUGUCAAAUGCGUAGUUGUGUCGUGACACACCCAGCUAAAAUGUACAUAUAAUUCGUAAUAUAAAAUUAAACUGUAUAUUUUAAAAAAUUGUAGUGUUAAUCAAUUAGAUUAACGCUGGGAAUAGAAUAUUAAAUCAUGUUUAGUGAUUUUUUUAACUUCUCAUACGCAAGAUAAUUGUAUAACCUAUAAAUGUGUCAAAUAACAUGGCUUCUUGGAUCACAGUCACACCGCGACUUGAACAAGGUCUCAAAAUAGCAAAUCAAAUAGACAGUAGUAAAUUCCGUUUAUUAAUAAGUCGUAUUUGUCAAACACUUCAAUCCAAUGUUAAUACCAAAAUAUUCAAUGAGGAAGAAGAAGAAAAACUGUUGAUUUCGUUGGACUUAAAUAAGGAUGAUUUAGUUUGUCUCUUAGAUGCAGUAAUAUUAAUUUAUAAACAAGCUGCUUGCAACAUUAUAAAACCACAAUUGAUGGAAAGCUCGUUAAAAGACACUUUUAAAACAGAUGAUGAUAAAGUUCAAAUAUUUAUAAAUGCAUGGGUUACAUAUGGUAAAGGCAUAAUUGAUCAUUUUAGGCAAAUGUCCAUAUUUCCAAUUCAGGUUAAAGAUAUUAACUGGUGUUUAAAUAUUCAGGCUGCAUCCUCUACUAUUAAAAAAGAUGUGCGACCAAUGGCGUUAUUGCAAUUAAAUUUAACAGGAGAGGAAGAGUCUAAAGUAACAGUUGAAUUUAAUAAAAAUGAGCUCAUAGAUCUGUAUCAGAAUCUAGAGAAAAUUCAGUCACAAUUGGAUGCUUUUAAAUAA